ACUGUGAGAAAGUUUAUAUGUUGAAAUGCUUCAGUUUGCUGCAAAAUGACUGAUUUCACAUUGUCUCCAGCAAUUAUAAGGUAAAAUAUAUAUAAAUAUAUGUAUAUAUAAAGUGUCAUUUAUAUUCAGAAUUUCCUUAUCCAAAUCGAUUACUCAUUUACCUAGCUCUUGUCAAUAACUCUUAAUACGCUGUAAAUUACAGUGCACGGAGAAUGUCGUUAUUUCUAUUGGAAAAAAAUGAAGUAGAUGCUACCUGGGCUCAAACCAGGGACCCUCUGCACACAUCAACAGCAGCCACCCUUGAAGCAUCGUUACCCAUCGAGCCACAAAAGCCUCUGCAAGGGUAACAACUACUUCAAGGUCUCAGAGCAAGUGACGUCACUGAUUGAAACACCAUUAGCGCACACCACCGCUAACAAGCUAGCAUUUUCACAUCGGUUACACCGGCACACCUUCAUCUCUUAGAUCUCCACCCAAAAUGAAUAGCAGGUGAGUAGCACACUAUUCCCAUGCUUAAGUUCAAGGUCAGAAUAUGUGUAGAGGGAAAAGUGCAUAAAAAUGGAAUUACAUUAAAUUUACAUCUGCUUAACUCGGGUCGGAAUCGGGCCCUUGUGAGGUAAUGAUGCUUACUGAUGGAAGCAGUUCUGGUGCUGAAGCCUCCAAUGUUCCCCUCUAACCAAUAAAGAAACCUUUUUAAAUGCAAAAUGACUCUCUUUUGUAUCAUUCUACCAUCAGUGACAUAAACGUAUUAUUGGUUAUGUUAAAGUUUUAAUUGGAUGUAUUAUUUAUGUUCUAGUUAGUUGUGAAUGUGGGUGACCAUCUUAGUCAGUUGCAAAAAUCCCCCAGCCAACUUCCCCUAAAUAUGACUCAGCUCAGUGACUCUGUUUCCACAGUCUAAAAUAGUUUAGCUAAUGCUCUCUCUCAACAUAGUCAUAAGUCUCUGAUAAACAGUGAUAUACCGUAGGUAUAAUAGCGUCAGCCAACGUUCAUAAAUACCUAUAUUAGAUCUUAACAGCAUCUGCAUGAGGUGCACUUUGUAUGUUUGGCGAGCUUUUAAUCCCCAUUAACUCUGUCAGAAACUUCAAGUUAAUUGCAGUUAAGAAUGUUAUUUGCAUGCCUGUUGUAAGGCUGCUUGUCAUGUUAUUUGUGAAUUGCCAUAAAAUAGCCCUCUUGGCUUGGAGUCUGGGUUCAGGAAUUCCAUUGUUAUAGCAGACUGAAGACAACAUGUGACAACACAGACACAAGCAGACACACAGAAGCAGCAGACAUACAAGUGACAGGGCAUGACUUGACCUGCCCUGCCCCCAGUACUUAAACUCUGCUGCUAUAACUUGGGACACAGGCUACUCUUAUCCAAUAUAAUCUAAUAUAUACAUUUAUAUCAGUGACCACAUGUGAAAUACAUAUCCUGUUCUAGGUACGCACAUCCUGUUCUGCCAAGGUAUGCGGUAAAUCAUGUUAGGUUGUAUUUCAAGUGGAUUUUCCCUUUAACUGAUUUCUCUAUGGCCACCAACUGUCAUCCUCUGUCUUGCUCAAAAUAACAUGGAAGUGUAUCACAGUCAUGGGUGUCUGAAAGUUUUACAAAUAGCAUGUGUACUCAUCGACAUGUAUGCACAUUACCAUUUAAAGAUAACGUAUUUAAUUAACUUUCUUAAGUAAAGCUCAAUAUAUUUUUUUCGUUAUAGAGGAAUUUAGAGAUAUAUUUAUCUUUGGAAGAACAUAAAAUAGCGUCACAAAAGUUCAGAUAACUGGUCACUUGCCAUAUGUAUUCAUUGAAUCUUUAAAAAAAAUUGUCAUGAACAUUUGGUCAAAAAAUGUGACAUCACUGCUUAUUCAGGUGUGUUCAAAGCAGUUUACUAAACCACAAGCACUCUUUUUUCUGAACUACCAGCAGUUUAGGCAGUCUGAGGAGGAAGUGGCAUGAAUCACAGACGUUUAGAAAAAUAAACACUCAGUAUAAAAACAGACUUGGCUCCUGGACCCCAGUCAGUCACUGUGCUGGAUGCCACCAAGACAAGAUGGAAAUCACAGGUUUACUGCUCCUUGUGGUGGUUGCUCAGUCAUUUGCAAUGCCUCUGUCAUCUCCGGAGGAGACUGACAAGUGGCUAUUAGCCGAGAAAUACCUCCGCAGGUUCUACAACCUUCGAGCUGGACUUCAGGGAACCCCGUUCCACAGGUCGUCAGACGCCAUGCAGACUAAGAUCAGGGAGAUGCAGUCCUUCUUCAACCUCCAAGUGACAGGGAGCCUGGACGCUAACACCCUGGAACUGAUGAGCAUGGCCAGGUGUGGUGUCCCUGACGUGGGGGAAUAUAACCACUUCCCCAGACACCUCAAAUGGCAGAAUACCAAUGUGACCUUCAGAAUAGUGAAUUAUACUCCUGAUCUGAAGAAGGCUGAUGUGGACAGAGCUAUCCAUAAAGCCUUCAACAUCUGGGCUAAUGUCACUCCUCUGACCUUCAAGAAACUGCACGAGGGGAAGGCUGACAUCAUGAUAGCAUUUGGGACAAAAGAACAUGGAGACUUCAACCCCUUUGAUGGCCCUGACGGUCUCUUAGCCCAUGCCUAUCCCCCUGGCAGAGACAUUGGAGGAGACACACACUUUGAUGAAGAUGAACAUUGGUCAAUAGACUCAGACGCCUACAACCUUUUCCUGGUCGCCACUCAUGAGUUUGGCCAUGCCCUUGGCUUGUCCCAUUCUUCUGAUCCUGGAGCUCUGAUGUACCCAGUCUACUCCUACAGCCAGGGUUAUCCACUGUCUGAGGAUGAUAUCACCGGCAUUCAAGCUCUUUAUGGCCCGAACCCCAAUGACAGCAAAGUGAAGCCCAAGCCAGAUGCCCCAAACAAAUGUGACCCCAUGUUGAGUUUUGAUGCUGUCACUGAGCUCAGAGGAGAAACAAUCAUCUUCAAAGACAGGUUCUACUGGCGUCUCCAUCCUCAGUUUGCAGAGCCUGAGCAAACCCUGAUCAAAUCCACCUGGCCCUCCCUCCCAAACAAAGUGGAUGCUGCCUAUGAGUACCCUGAGAAAGACAUGGUCUUCAUAUUCAGUGGUAUUAGAAUGUGGGCCCUGAACGGCUACAGCCUAGUGGAGGGCUACCCCAAAUACAUCCAUAAACUGGGACUCCCCAAGACCGUGCGGAGGGUGGAUGCUGCUGUGUACAUCCCAGACACCGGCAAGACCCUUCUGUUCUCUGAAGAGCAGUUCUGGAGUUAUGAUGAGAAGACUAACACAAUGGACAGUGGCUUCCCAAGAUCCAUUGAGAUGGAUUUCCCUGGAAUGGGAGAUGAGGUGGAUGCUGCCUUAUAUAAAUAUGGAUAUUUGCAUUUCUUCCAUGAACAUACACAGUUUGAAUACAGCUACAGUGCAAGGAAGGUCAUUCAGAUUGUUAGGACAAACUCUUUUCUCAACUGCUGAUCCACUGGUGGAGAACUAAUGUUAUUUUAUGGGAAACGUACCAAUAGGUCAUUUGUGCAGGACACCUGUUUGUUAUUUGUAACUCAUCUCAAAGUACGCUGGAAAACAGCAUGUAAAAUGCAUGUCUGAAGACUAAAGUAGGUGUAAUAUUUAUUGGGAAUGGGAAAACGGUUGGCUUAUGCAUCGAACAAAUGUGGAAACCACUAUGCAGGGUCUUGCUUUAGGGUAUCAGAAAAUGUGCAUCAUAUUCACAUGACUUGUUAUAGUAUUGAAGGGUGGGAUAGAAACCACUCUGAUAUACUUUAGAAUACUGUAAUUGCAUUUCUCUCUGUAUGUAAAUGUUACUUGGGGAAGUUACAGUAAUGUGUUGCAGAUCCACCAAUAGAUGGCAUUCAAGGACACCAAAUCUAGAGUACGAGCUAAUGCUUUUUAUGGACUGUGAAUGUUUAUACUACUAAUUUUAAUGACACAUUUUCAUGAAUAAAAUAAUAUGUGCAAAUGG